GCACACACAAUGCUAGAUGGAGUGAACUCUCUAAUGCCUCUAGUGAUGAGGGUAAUUAAAUUCCAGAAUUAAAAGGCGCAAUAAGCUUUCCGUGUAUCAUAAAAAGUUGACAAUCUCCCUUCUGUUGGAUUCGGUAGUAUUGCUCACAUGUCUGUCCCUCCUCUUCCUGAGUGCAGACGUGUCUUUAGGCUACACUAAGGAGAGAGUGUCUGGACCAGUGGCCAGUCCAUCACUACCAAAUACAUAGCGAGUAGCCCUCCUUCAUAUAAUCAGCUCUGAGCAGUGAGAGAGCUGCUGGGUCUGUCUGAUCAGGAGAUCCCUGCAGAGGCUGAAUCACACCCACCCUGGUGCCCACUGUGCCAUACUGCCUGCUGGCAGGGCUAGCAUGGCUUCUGGUAGCCAGGUAGAGGAGCUCCAAGCCAGGAUCCGACAGCUGGAGAAUGAGUUGAGACUGGCCCAGAGCAAGGAGCAGCAACAUGACACCCACAGGACCAAGAUUGACAAGAUGAGUGCUGAAGUGGUGGAUUCCAACCCUUAUAGUCGUUUAAUGGCUUUGAAACGAAUGGGAAUUGUCAAUGAUUACGAGAAAAUCCGCACAUUCACGGUGGCGGUAGUGGGAGUUGGUGGCAUUGGCAGCGUGACUGCAGAAAUGCUGACAAGAUGUGGCAUUGGUAAGCUGCUGCUAUUUGAUUAUGACAAGGUGGAAAUGGCAAACAUGAACAGGCUCUUUUUCCAGCCUCACCAAGCAGGACUUACUAAAGUGGAGGCAGCGGAACGCACUUUGCGGGACAUAAACCCGGAUGUCCACUUUGAAGUGCACAACUACAAUAUAACAACAAUAGACAACUUUCAACAUUUCAUGGACAGAAUAAGCAAAGGAGGUUUAAAAGAGGGGCAUCCUGUUGACCUUGUACUUAGCUGCGUAGACAACUUUGAAGCUCGGAUGGCAAUUAACACUGCUUGCAAUGAACUUGGACAAACCUGGAUGGAAUCUGGUGUGAGUGAGAAUGCUGUUUCAGGACACAUUCAACUUAUCAAACCAGGAGAAACUGCCUGUUUUGCGUGUGCUCCUCCUUUGGUAGUUGCUGCAAAUAUUGACGAAAAGACUCUGAAAAGGGAGGGAGUAUGUGCGGCCAGCCUUCCCACCACUAUGGGAGUCGUGGCAGGGCUUCUUGUACAAAAUGUUCUUAAGUACCUCUUGAACUUUGGCACAGUUAGUUUCUACCUGGGAUACAACGCGCUGCAAGACUUCUUCCCCUCUAUGGCAAUGAAACCUAAUCCACAGUGUGAUGAUAAAUACUGCAAAAUACAGCAAUCGGAAUUCAAGCUAAAAGAGGCAGCAAAACCAAAACAGGAAGCAGUAGUGGUAGAAGAAGAAGAAGAAAUUGUUCAUGAGGAUAAUGACUGGGGUAUUGAGCUGGUUUCAGAGGUUUCAGCAGAAGAGCUAAAGGCUGCUUCUGGACCAGUGCCUGAUCUCCCAGAGGGAAUUACUGUGGCAUACACUAUACCCAUAACGGAACCCACAGCUGGUGCUACAGUAGAAGAGUCGGAGCAGAGCUUGGAUGAACUCAUGGCUCAGAUGAGGAAUAUGUAGAUGGACUGUAAAGUUCAUGUCUGGUCAAUUUGUCUGCUUGGGAAAAGAAUUCUUGCAAUCCAUGUACUUCUAAAACUACUACUACUAAAAUGUUCUAGUCCGCUGAUAUGUAGCUGGGUCUGUUAGAGCUAUUUAUUUACAGAAAUGCUAUACUGUAUAUUAAUGUUGACUAAUAAAAUCAUGAAGUUUCAAAUUA